GCUUGGUAACUACAUAACUUCCAGCAUUUGCAUUUAAUAUUGCUAGUUCACGUUAAUAAUUAAAGUAAUAGUUGACAAUCGUACUUACACAAUAUGGGUUCUUGGAUGCGAAUGCAGAAAGUGGCAUCAGUGGCAGUAGCUGCCGCUGGCGGAGCUGCUAGUUUUUGGUUUGCUCAAAAGACCUUGGAUGAACGGAAAGUGUUGAACUCUUGGACCACCAGUUUUGAGCCCUCGUCGUGUGCUAAGUGGGAUUUCAACUGGGAUCACCGCGAUCCGAAGAGUUUGGUCCAACCGCUGGCUGACUCGUCGGAUCCCACUGUGCAAAAUCGUUACAAUGAAAAGCUGGACAAGAAGAGGUCCAGGGUAGUGCGGCACUUGAUAUUGGUUCGGCACGGUCAGUAUAAUAUGGACGGUCGAUCCGACCUCGAGCGGUAUCUGACUGAAAAAGGUCAAAAGCAGGCCGCCAUCAGUGGAGAGCGCCUCAAGGAGCUGGACAUAAACUUUGACAAAAUUGUCCGUUCAACAAUGACCCGUGCUCAGGAGACGGCAAAAAUAAUGUCAAUUUCACUGCCAGAGCUGAAGUUGUACGACGAUGCCCUGCUGGAGGAGGGAGCUCCAAUUCCGCCGGAACCACCAGUCGGUCAUUGGCGACCGGAAAUUUCGCAGUUCUUCGAAGAUGGAGCUCGCAUUGAAGCCGCUUUCAGAAAGUAUUUCCACCGUGCUGAACCGGAUCAAAAACAGGACAGUUACACCUUGAUUGUGUGCCACGCCAAUGUGAUUCGGUACUUCGUUUGUCGGGCACUACAGCUUCCUCCGGAGGCUUGGCUUAGGAUUUCACUUGGCCAUGCUUCGCUUACAUGGAUCUCGAUCAUGGACGACGGCAGAGUAACGCUGCGUACACUGGGAGAGACUGGCCAUAUGCCUCGGGAACUGCUGAGCAGGUAAGUGCUGUGGCCAGCUUUUUGUUUUCGUAAGACUUACAACGAGUUGAGACUAAUGAGUAUGCAUAAAGUUAAUUUGGUGACAUGAUCUCAAUGGUUAUAUAGAUCUGCUCAUAAGUUUAGGUAUUCACUACAUAUUAUGGCGCUGCAUAGUGU